AUGCGCGCUGUUGCCUUUCUCUUCCUCGGUCUAUUGAUCAUCAGCAAUCUUACCAUUCGCUCUCGCCUGCCUCCCAAGCCCACACCCUUCGCAUUCAACCAGUUCUGGGUCCCCUUUAAGGAGCUACCGUUCCUCCCGGUUGCUCUUGGAACGUUCUUCUUCUUUUGGGGAUUUUUGAUGCCGACCAACUUCAUCAUCCUGCAGGCCGUACACGAUGGCAUGUCCCUGCGGCUGUCCGGCUACUUGCUUGCCAUCCUCAAUGCACUCAGCGUCAUCAGCAUAAUUUUUCCUGGCUGGCUUGGUGACCGUCUGGGCCGAUUCAACGUGAUAGUCUCGACGACCUAUCUGACAAGUAUUAUUGUGCCGGCCCUCUGGAUCUCUGGACACGGCAACGCGCCUCUCAUUGUCUUCGUCUCCCUUGUUGGCUUUACCAGCGGCACAUUCGUAAGCAUCGUAAACGCAGCCUAUCCCAGCCACCUGCACCAGCUCGUAUUCAGAAAAGCCGACUCCGGUUGA